AUGGAUUCUUCUAGUGGGAAUUCAACUAGGUUUACUCAGAUCCAGAACUCUGGAUCUGAUGAGGUUUUGAUCGAUCCUAGAAAGAGGAAACGCAUGCAAUCGAACCGUGAAUCAGCAAGGAGAUCAAGAAUGAGGAAACAGAAGCAUCUCGAUGAUCUAACGGCUCAAAUAAAUCACCUCAAGAACAAUAACAGCCAGAUCGUCACCACCAUAAAAGUCACCACUCAGCAAUUUCUUCAAAUUGAAGCAGAGAACAUUGUUUUGAGGGCUCAAAUGGGUGAGCUGAGUCAAAGGCUGGAUUCCCUCAACGAAAUGAUCAAUUCCAUGAACAAUAAUAGUAAUCAUUUUACAGCAAAUCAUUGCACAAAUGGUACUAGUGGAAUGUUUGAGUUUGAGCAGCCUGAUUUCUUCAACAAUCCAUGGAACAUGAUGCACCUUAAUCAACAGCUGAUCAUGGCGUCUGCUAAUGAUACGUCCCAGUACUAG